CCAACUUGACGCAGCCGCAGACUGUGGUAUUUAAAACGCGUGAGGGUCUCGUUAAAGCGGAGUUCCGCUGCCUCCAAGGAGCCGCUCAUCCACCGCUGCAGACAUCACCCGGAACCCGGCGAGAGCCUCCCUCGGUGUGACGAUGGCAGAGAGCUCGCACUGCUUCUACUGUCGGGAAGACCUCGGGGGGAAGAGGUUCGUUCGCAGUGAGGGCAGGCCGGUGUGUGUCCGCUGCCACACCAAGUUCUGCGCCAACUCCUGCGCCGAGUGCCAUCGACCGAUCUCUGUGGAAACGAAGGAGCUCAGCCAUAAGGGCCGAUACUGGCAUGAGGAGUGUUUCCGUUGUGCCAAAUGUUACAAGCCUCUGGCCAACGAGCCCUUCAGCACCAAGGACGACCGCAUCAUGUGUGGAAAGUGCUGCUCCAGAGAGGAUGCUCCGCGCUGCCACUGCUGCUAUAAACCCAUACUGGCUGGCACAGAGAGUGUGGAGUACAAAGGCAACUCUUGGCACGAUGAAUGUUUCACCUGUUGCACCUGUAAGCGACCGAUAGCGUCGCAGAGUUUCCUCUCUAAAGGAAACGACAUUUACUGCAGCCCCUGCUAUGACAAGAAGUUUGCCAAACACUGCGUCGGCUGCAAAAAGCCUAUCACCUCCGGAGGAGUGAACUACCAGGACCAGCCGUGGCACAGCCACUGCUUCGUGUGCAGCUCCUGCUCAAAGCCUCUGGCAGGGUCCAGUUUCACCAACCACCAGGACCAGGUCUUCUGUGUCGACUGCUACAAGAGCUCUGUGGCUAAGAAAUGCAGCGGCUGCCAAAACCCCAUCACAGGUUUUGGUAAAGGGGUGAACGUUGUGAACUACGAGGGCAGCUCCUGGCACGAAUACUGCUUCAACUGUAAGAGAUGCUCCCUCAGUCUGUCCAACAAGCCUUUUGUAACCAAGGGGAGAGACAUCCUCUGCACCGACUGCGGCAACAAGUAGUGAUGCAGGGCCCGGUCACUGUCUAGCGGCAGUCUAAGCAGUCAUUAAGUUUUCUUUUGUCUCUUGGUUUGUUUUAUUUUUGUUUUGCGGCAGUCGAUGGUCGUGAGCACAGCGUAUGCUCAAGUGUUAGCACAGUGUAAGAGUUUAGUUUGUAGUUUCAGAAAUCGAUGCUUGUCUGUUGCUGUUAGAUGAGACGUACAUUUGACAUAAAUGUAUAAAUUGGCAUUGUUUUAAUUGUGUUUUUUUCAUCUUUUUAGCACAAAAAUACUGCUUAUGUCAGCACCUUUAAUGUCUUGUUCUUCCUACGUUUGAAAGGUGAUAUUUUGCUAUGACCAAAAAGUGUUUUGUUUUUUUUAAAUAAUCAAAAUUAUAUCUAUAACUGUAACUGCUAAUUGCCAGGGGAUUAUUAUGCUUAUUGUAUUUUUCAAGUAAAUAAGCUUAUAUGCACUUUUCUAAACCAUUUUCCCCUCAAAGGAAAGAUGGAAAAUAGAUAUCAAAUUGGAAUACAUGCAAACUGCAUGCCUCAGUGUGUUGCUAAAAUGAAAUAAACUUUCCA